AUAUCAAGGUAGAGACCUCCACGCCCGUCCAAGAUCCAUCGCAAUCCUUAUGAUAUCGUAGUCUAAUUGUCAACCUUUUUUGGUAGUAGUCUACUUGUCAACUUUAAUUCUUAAUGAAUCCAACCAAAUGGAGCAACCUUCAUGAUCCAAGUAAGAUGGAAGCCGAAACGUGAUCCAUACCAAGAAAACCCAACUAACCCGAAUCCGGUCAAAGUCCAAACAAGAUCAUGCCGGGCCAGAGCUCAUAACAGGAACCAGGUUAAGCCUCGGCUCCACGCCCCUUCCGCUCCUCCAGCUCCGCGGCGGCCGCCAAAAUGAUGCAGGUCUCCUCGAGCGCUCGACGCUUUCCGAGGGUUCUCGAUCGAAUCCCCGUCCUUCUUCGGCCUCAGCUAUCUCGCUUCUGCGAUCCCGUAGACGCCGUGGACGGCCUUCCCCUCUCUGGACAAUGGCCGCGGCCAAGGAGCUUCUCCUUUCAAAAUCCUCGUCCUUUCGUAACUACCGAUGGCGAUCCACGACCUUCAACCACUAUGUUUCAACAAUUGGUACAUCACCCACUGUGCUCUCCUAUGGUUCGUGCCUUUUUUUCUUCAGUGGCAAAUAAGGAGGCUGGACAACCUACAGAGAUUGUACGGGAGCUAUAUCAAAAAAUGUCCAAGUCUGUUGAAGCUCGUACCAUGCCUCCAAAUGCUUGGUUAUGGUCACUAAUUAGCAACUCUGCCAAUCAGGAGGAUAUAAAGCUUCUAUUUCAGAUGUUGCAGAAGCUCCGGAUAUUUAGAUUGUCAAACCUUCGCAUACAUGCAAAUUUCAAUUGCCAUCUUUGUAUGAGAGUUUCUGAGGCUUGUGCUCAUGCAGGUGCCCUUGAAUAUGGGUUGAAGGCUUUACGGAAGCAUAAUGUUUAUGGACUAACUCCAACCAUCGGUUCUGCUCAUUAUUUACUGCUGCAUGCUAAAGAGCAUAAUGAUGCUAAACUCAUGGUAAAGAUUAUGGAUGUCCUGCAAAAGAACUCAUUGCCUCUGCAACCGGGUACUGCUGACAUAGUCUUCAGCAUCUGUUACAAUACAAAUAAAUGGGAUUUGAUCUCAAAAUAUGCAAGAAGAUUUAUCAAGGCUGGAGUGAAACUGCACCGAACCUCAUUUGACAUUUGGAUGGAGUUUGCUGCUAAAAUUGGAGAUGCUCACUCAAUAUGGAAAAUUGAGAAGCUAAGAGCAAAAUCUGUAAAAGGGCAAACUCUUGCAAGUGGGUUUUCAUGUGCUAAGGGAUUUCUACUUGAACGUAAUCCUGAGAGUGCAGCUGCCACUAUUCAUCUUCUUUACCAG